AUGGAGAAUAGCAAUGGUGAGCUCGAGGUUGAGAACGUCAACGAUCAAAACUAUCAAUGUAAAGAAGAAAAAAUGGCCAUUGUGCAUGAAACACGAUCUCACAACAUCAACAAGACCAAUCAAUUGGAGGAUAAAUGCCUGGAUGGACCAAAUUUUUCGCCCUCUAUACCAUUAAUUUCUAGUAAAGAUAACAGCAGGGACGAUAACAAUGUCAACGCUCGCAAAUCUACCAAACGUUCAAGGAAAAUAAACUCUGCCAAUAGCGAACAAGAAACAACGAAUGGUGGUAUUGAAGUGCGUCCCAAAAAAAGACAAUGGGAAUCAUGGGGUGUUGAUGACAAGCGAAUAUUUUUUGAAGCCUUAAACGAGUAUGGUAAAGACUUUGAUAAAAUACAAAGCUACAUCGCUACCAAAUAUCGCAGGCGAGGUGACCCUUCGGACUGGAUCAAAAAUAAAGAUCAGGUUCGUCAUUUCUAUUAUCGAACUUGGAAUAAAAUAUCGAAAUAUUUGGAUAGAAAUAAAGAUAUUUAUAUUAAUGGCAAGAAAAUUAAUCAGGAAUUAUGUGGCCUUAUAUGUUACGGGGAAUUGAGAAAAAAAAUUAAAGGCACUGCAGAAAAAGAAGUCAGGAAAUUAAAUGAGUUAAUCACAAAGGGUGAUGAUCAUGAUACUAACUGUCUGUGCAUUUAUUCUAGUUCAACUUGUGUUCGCUACCAAGGGCGCAAUGUCAAGAUCAAAGCUCCGUAUAAUCAAGCAAUGAAGGUGUUAACAAAGGGGGACGGACAUACUAAUCAUUCAGAUAGCGCUAUUAAAUAUCCCCACAAAAUGCCAAAAAAGUUAAUUGUAGAACUGGAACCGGCAUCAAAUUUUUCUUGGACUGUAGUGCAAACAAUUUCACAGAAUCCUCGUCUUAGAGUUGUUUUACCUUCUAGAAAGUCAAUGGCAAGUUUGAUUGAAUAUCUGCAGCGAAAGUGGAAGCGUCAUGAAGAUUUUCAUGAAACAUCCAGCACGUCACUAGAUCUAUCCAUUCUAGCUGUAAGAAAUUUAAAUUCUGUGAAUGCUGGCAAUGAUCAGUGUUCAGCUGUAUCUCAGUGCAAAAGUAAUGGAAACUACAAAAUGGAUGAUCAAAAGAACGAAUCAUUAGAUGGAGAUCAACAUUUAAUGUUAGACACACCCAAUGAGGAUAAUAAUGAAGAUAAACUAUCUUCUGAUAUUGUCCAGGCCUCAAGUAAAGAUGGUACGAUGCAAUCGAAUAACAAACAAUCAAUUACUGAAAAUACGAGCUAUCAGAGUGAAAAAGAAUCAAUGGCUCAGUGGAACUUAAGCAAUUGCAACGGCAUAUCUAUCGGAGACAUUUACUUGCAGCUUGGUAGACCUGAAAAACUACAAAUGAAAUACGUAUGGACAGAAAAUAGAAAAGAUUCUGAUGGUACUAGUUCAGGCAGUAAUGGUUUUAGCUUAGCUUUGAAAAGACUUGCUGAAUUAGCUGAUGCAGAAUUUGCUUUCAUUAAGCAGAAUAAUUCUAAUUCUAAUAAUCGAGGCGUUAAUGGUUCUACAUCGAAUAUGGUGAAGGAGCUUGAAAAUUGUAAGAACACCACCAGACCAACUUCUAAUCCUGUUUGUAACCCCAAUAAAAGAGUGCACAUUGUAGCGGAAAGUCAAGAAAAGCGUCCACUCACAUCGCCUACAACUGCCAUUGUUACUCAAGCAAAUACGGUAACAACGAUAGCAUUACCCAAAGGCCGAAAAUAUAAGAACGUUACGAAAGGACGUCCCAUAGUUCCACAUAGGAGAAUUAUCUUACCUCGUAUCUCUAACCCACCUCCUGGUGCUGUUGCAGUUUCUGUAUUUCCGGACAUGUCACUUUCUAAUUUACAUCACACAGUCGAGAAUGGCCAAAAAGAUACUGAGCCGCUUCAGUUGCAAACUAUCUCCAUACCCGCAAAUUUGAGCGUCUCAUCAGGAAGUGUGAUACCAACUCCAACUGCUAGUAAAAAUGAUGAACUAUCAUCUAAUCAAAUUGCAACUUUUAAUAGUCCUUCAAGUGUUACACCCCCUUCUGUACAUGGUGAUCCUGUUUUUGAGGAUAGUACAUGUAAUAAUAUGGAAGUAGUCGUUAAAUCAUCCGAAAAUGGCCAAACUAAUAGUAUUCUAGAUAUGGCUGUAGACAAAGCAUUUUCCAAAGCUCUUAAGUCUUCGUUAGAUUCUCGAAUAAAUGCCGAUAUCAGUGACAGGCUAUCAGGGGAAGAAGAAUGCAUAGAGGAAUCAACUGUUGAUACUUGCGGAGAAACGGAAGAUCUAAACACUGAUUCGACUACAGCUGUAGGAGAUUGGAUUAGUAGUGAGGCAUUUGAUAUCUCUCUUGGUGAUCUAAUAGGAACAGAAGGCAAUGAUGGAAGCGAAUGUAGUGAAUCGAAAAUAGUAGACAGUCAUCAAUCUAUAAAUCAGAUAAAAGAUACCCAUUCCGCAAUGGAAUCUAUUCUUAAUGAAGAUAGCGUUGAUUACGUUAAAAAAUUUGCGACUAUGGCAUCCCAAAUGUUUGGUCGAAAAGAAGAAAUUAAUAGCACUGCUUUGAAUUUUAAAUCUGUGAUAUAG